AUGCCCAGAAUGGCUACAAGUUCUUCUGAACCGGCGCUUCCGAGCGAUAUCCGUAUUCAGUCCGCUGCUGUCGUUGAGGGCCGUCUUCCUCCUUCAUUCCCUUCUUCCACCAGGCCUAUUCUAGUUAACGACGGGGAAUCCUCUCCUGCCCCCUAUGCUUCGGCACUGCAGAACGGCGCGGGGGUUGGGGAACUGGAUCUGCGGAGGCCGCCUUCUGUUGCAUUUUUAGCAAAUGGAGCAGGCGGACACUCGGGAGAACAGGAGGUCGGUGACAACCCCACAGCUGUUGUCCUUGCUGCCGGGGCAGCCGCAGUGGCAGCAGCAGCGGGGACAGCCGUCAGAAAGGCUUUGGUAGAAAGCCAGGCGUCAGUUGACUUUCCACGUAGCCAACGUGGGGCGUUUCAGAAGCAGACUGAAGUAUGUCAGUCCUUCCAGGCAGGAUCGAAUCACGCAGAGGAGCCUACCUGGCAGACACCAAGAGAUCUACAGUCUGUGGUGUUGUUGCAGAGUGGCCAGGGAGGUUCUAUGUUUCACGUCGAUGCUGAGGCUAUGGCCCGAAGGAGAACACAGGGAGGCAUGCCCUUGCCGUUUCCGGGGAUGCCCCUCAGACCGGAGCAUGCAGAGGCUUUGACAGCAGAAGAAGCAGAGCGCACUGCUCAAAACAUGUCUGAUUCUACAAAAGGAAAGUUCGCUGUAGAUCGUGCACAUCCCUGCUUUGGAGAGUCAGAUGUGGUUUCAGAGUCAACGCGCCCGCCUUCUGCCAAUGGAAGUCUAAACGUGGAAGAAGGCGAUAGAGAUACAGGAAUCACUGCAGACACACGGCAGGAAAGACCAAGGCGUCGACAGGUCCCGGUCGUCGAAAGACAAAACAGAGAUGAAAUCCCAAACGGGAGGCGCAAUGCGUCUCAAUCGUGGUGUGACAAGGCUAUCACCACGGGGGGCGGGCUUCUAAUGUCGUGCUGCGGUGGGAAGGGACGCCGAAGAGGCGGUGGCGGACGCGGUAACAGAAGCGCGAACUGCUCUCGGUCUCUGUCAGAUACUGGGUCCAGUGAUAGAGAGAUUCUGCUAUCUGAACGGACUGAACGGUCGCGGUUGCUUUUUCCGCACGGGGGGCCAGGUUCUCGCGGCCAAGUUCUGGUCGCAGCGGCUGCUGUUGUGAGUUGGGGGGAUAAUACCGAAGUGCCCACCGUCUCGGGGCUGAACGCUGUCUCGCCCACAGCGUUUCAGCCAGGUCGAGCCUACAGUGCACCUGGUUCUCGUGAGCUCGUGAGUCGCGGCUACCACUGCCCAGCGGAGCCCACAUUCUCUGGUUCGCACCAACGGCAGAAACCUCAAACAAGAGAAUCACCUACAGUCAGUCACCACGACAGAGCUUCGGAACCUGUGCACGCCACGAAUAGCUCUGGAAGCGAAUCGCAGGGAGGCCCGUCGUGUUUGGGCUUACUGACUUUCCUUGCGUGGUGUGCACAGCCUUGCGGAGUUACAUCAGGCCCUGGCGGAACCGAAUUCCCUAUCCCGCCACCUUUACGCCACAGAAGACGCCGGCUGCCUGAUGGCAUCCCGGCAGAGGGAAGUGAUAAGGACGAUAGUCUUCUUUCGUCUUUGGUCGGUGGGCCUACUUGCAUGUGGGGAGCGACCUCUAGAGAUCGAUCCGAAUCACCAGGUCCAUCGCAUACCGAACCACGAGAGGAUCCGACCCAGGCAGUGAACACCUCAGUGGACCCCACUGAACUGGAACCGCGCCCCGACGAAAGCAGUGACGCUGACAGGGGGCGUGACCAGGCGUGUGAAGAUCGCGACACAGCUCGCUCAUAUUGUCGACGUCUGAGCUCGCUUUUCCCGUUUCACUACGAUACGGAGCCUCCAGGCGAUGCCAGAGUGCACAAUGGGACAAACGUAGAGCCGCAGGCACCAGAGGAAGAUAUAGACAACUGCACGUGCGGCUACUUUUUUCACAGAAACAACGACAACGGUUACAGAGGCCAGACAGAAGAAAGCAUGGAUUGCGGUUGGCGACCUAAUGCAGCAGCUAUACGGCAAGACGAUGGGAAUGCCCGAGGAACAGCGGAGAGGGGCGCCAGGUCUUCGGGAGGAGAGGGAGAGCAGGCGAGACAGCCUCUGUGGCGGACUCGAAAGGAACUCUGUCGUUACGAGGACGAGGCUACAGGCAGAUGCUACAUCUACGAAGAGUUCGAGGAAGAUCGCAGCAUCGCCCGUUACGCCUGGACGGAGGCGCCGCAUGGGCGCCACUCAAGUACUGAGGCUCCGCUUGCGAACGACUAUUGA